GGCGCGGUCUUCAUCCUCGGGGGGCUGCUCUGCUUCAUCCCGCUCGUGUGGAACAUCCAUGUGGUGCUGCGGGAUUUCCACAACCCCGUCCUCCCCGACAGUAUGAAGUUCGAGCUUGGGGAGGCGCUUUACCUCGGCAUCAUCUCCUCCCUCCUCUCCCUUGUCGGUGGCUUCAUCCUCUGCACCUCUUGUCCUGCCCGGGACCCAACGACCACCUACGGAAGCACCAGCCAGCCUCGGCAGCCCGUGGCACAGGAGCAAGACCUCAGCCUGCAAGUCCAGCGAGCCUGCCUCGAUGGGG